GGGUGCGGGCGCUGCCCCACCCACGGGCUGCGUCAGGAUUCCAGGUCCUCGCCUCGGACAAAAACGCAGUUGCCGAAAAGUAAUCUCGCAGCACUGCAGGGCCUUCAGCCGCAAACAUGCGUUGAAUGGAACUUCCAAAUUGGGCUCAGGAAAGGAGUUGAGAACAUAUACAUGGGGGUUAGCCAGGAUUAAAGGGGAGAUAUUCGGACGCAGCUCCUUGAACCAAAGUCUGCAUAAGGUCAUGGGUCACCAAAUUCAAUGCAGCCCUCUCUCCAUUUUGUGGUAGGUCAGGUACUUGCGACACACACACCAUUUUUUCAGGGAUGCUAUGUGAUACAAUUUGUUGUUGUUGUUGAGUCGUUUAGUCGUGUCCGACUCUUCGUGACCCCAUGGACCAGAGCACGCCAGGCACUCCUGUCUUCCACUGCCUCCCGCAAUUUGGUCAAACUCAUGCUGGUAUCUUCGAGAACACUGUCCCACCAUCUCCUUGCACCCUCCAUCUUUCCCAACAUCAGGGUCUUUCCCAGGGAGUCUUCUCUUCUCAUGAGGUGGCCAAAGUCUUGGAGUCCCAGCUUCAGGAUCUGUCCUUCCAGUGAGCACUCAGGGCUGAUUUCCUUCAGAAUGGAGAGGUUUGAACUUCUUGCAGUCCAUGGGACUCUCAAGUCUCCUCCAGCACUAGAAUUCAAAAGUAUCCAUUAUUCGGUGAUCAGCCUUCUUUAUGGUCCAGCUCUCACUUCCAUACAUCACUACUGGGAAAACCAUGGCUUUAACUAUAUGGACCUUUGUUGGCAAGGUGAUGUCUCUGCUUUUCAAGAUGCUGUCUAGGUUUGUCAUUGCUUUUCUCCCAAGGAGCAGGCGUCUUUUAAUUUCGUGACUGCUGUCACCAUCUGCAGUGAUCAUGGAGCCCAAGAAAGUAAAAUCUCUCACUGCCUCCAUUUCUUCCCCUUCUAUUUGCCAGGAGGUGAUGGGACCAGUGGCCAUGAUCUUCGUUUUUUUUGAUGUUGAGCUUCAGACCAUAUUUUGCGCUCUCCUCUUUCACCCUCAUUAAAAGGUUCUUUAAUUCCUCCUCACUUUCUGCCAUCAAGGUUGUGGCAUCUGCAUAUCUGAGGUUGUUGAUAUUUCUUCUGGCAAUCUUAAUUCCGGCUAGGGAUUCAUCCAGCCCAGCCUUUUGCAUGAUGAAUUCUGCAUAUAAGUUACCGUAAAUAAGCAGGGAGACAAUAUACAGCCUUGACGUACUACCAUAAUCUUUAUCAUCAGAGCUGAUGGGCUGCAUUCAGCUUGUAUGGACAUUUAUUUUUGCAGGCUUAAUUUUGGAAAGGGAAGAGCGACAGGUCUGUGGGAUUUGCAAACCAACCCCAGGCACCCUCACCUCAAAGUAAACGAAAUAUUCAUAGGGUGUUACUCCUGGGGCCUCAGUCUCCAUUGCCUAACAUCAGCUUGUCAAUGAGAUUUAUAGGCAUUUUCCUUUUCAGUCGCUGAGUGUCUAUGGCAUGCUGUUAUAUUGUAUUCUGUUAAUUAUCCACCUUUCACCUUAGGUUCCCAGGGUGAUUUGCAACAUUAAAAUAGAAUCACAGAAUCAGGGAAUUGCAGAGUUGGAAAGAAUUCUGAGGGUCCUCUAAUUUGACACCCUCAAGACGUGCCCCCCAUCCUAUUUGAAACUGCUUAGCUUUGCAAACGUGCUAGCAUUUUGUUUUGCUUGCAAUUACGAAAAUAAGCUGGAUCCAGAAAUAUACACCUAGGUGUCAAAAGUGUCCCGGUUCCUUACUGCAGCAUGAGGUCUUAAUAAUUCUCUCUUUCUCUUUUUAGGUAAUUGAAUUCUCACUUUCUACUGAAUGCACAAGCCUGAUAAGCUUUGGAAACAAGAGCAGCCCUGGGCAGAAAUGCUGUGAGGUGCCUCUGCUGCUAAGGCUAAAGGGUAGCCCUGAAUUUAUAGCCACACUCUUUUUUCCCUAGCUGUGGCUGGUGGCGGCGGAAGUAGCUCCCCCUGUUGGAUUUCUGCCUGCUGCAAAGUAGGCAAACAUCCAGCCACGCAAUGAAAAUGCACUCUUAGCAUGAUCAGAGUCACCCCGCCCUUUUCCAGCGCUUUGCACUCCACUUGGGGGGAAUUAAGGAGAUCCGGCAUCCCACCCCCGCCGUCUUUCUUUCCUGCCUCAGUUUUGCCUUCUGGGAAAUGGAGCCUUUAAGGCUCAUCCACCUUCCCUCCUCUCCCGGCUUGAAUUUCUCUCCGCCGACCUCCAGCUCGCGCCUGCCCCUUUAACAGGUGGGCGGGGCAAGAGCGGAACAACCUCCUGCGCGCAUGCGCGCGAGCCGGGGUGUGUGUGUGUUUUCUCCCCGUCUCUAUGGAGUCUACGCUUCCCGCCGCCGCCGCCGCCGUGUCCCUCAAACUCGGAAUUACGUCACCGUGCGGGCAGCCAGGCCCCCCGCGCUCUUGCUGAGGGCGGAAGCAGCCGACGGACGUGGCCGGGCCUGCCCUCGGAGAUCGCCUGAAGGACCCCGAGGCGCCGCGAGCCUCCGGCCCCUCGAAUGAUCCGCCACAGCCCUUAGCCGCGAGCCUCCUCGUUGGCAGAGAGCCGGGGAAGAGCGGCGUUGGGAAGAGAACGGGCUGGGAGCCGGGCUGAAGGGAGCAGUGGGGCCAGGCGCGGGCAUGGGAAGCCCCUGGGGCUGAGAGGCGCGCGCCCCUUCACCCUCUGCGCCUGGAGACCCCCGCUUCCUCUCCCCCCGCCCCCGGGCAGAAGGAGGUGCAAGACCCUCAGGCAGCGCCAAGGGCAGCCCCAGAGAGAGAGGUGAGGUCAGGUGAGGAGUGGGAGCCUGUGCUGCAGAGACUGGGGGGCAUUUGGGGUAUUUGGGGGGGCAGAGGGGCAGCUCCCCUGCUUAGGGAGGCUUCCAGGGUGGGCGCUAGGGUGGGUGCAGGAGGGUCUUCCUAGGGUGCCAUUGCUGCACCUGCAAAAGAACCCCCUCCCCCAUAAGGUAGACUAGCAUAGCUCAGCCGGUAGAGCAUGAGACUCUCUUUUAUAUAUAUAUAUAUAUAAUAAUUUUUAUUAAUUUUUAAACAUAUAAAUUGUCCUACAUACCACAAAACUUCACAUCUUAUACAGUCUUUUUGAACUUCCAUCGGCACCUCUGAUCGGCACCCAUUUUUAUCAUUUCUUAAAUUAGUUAUCUUAACUAACAUCCUCCUCUUUAUCCAUUUAUGCAAUCAUUCAAAUUAUUCACCUCACAAAACCUACAAACAUAAUCUGAUCAUCACAGUUACUUUUCAAAUAGUCCGUAAAUUUACACCAGUCUUCUGCGAAUCUCUGGUCCCGCCGGUUUCGAAUUCUUCCUGUUAGUUUGUCUAAUUCUGCAGAGUCCAUCAAUUUCAUCCUCUGAUCUUCUUUCGUCGGUAAUUCUUCUUGCUUCCAUUUUUGUGCCGAUAAUAUUCUUGCUGCCGUCGUUGCGUGAGACUCUUAACUUGAGGGUCAAGGGUUCGAGUCCCACGCUGGGCAAAAAGAUUCCUGCAUCGCAGGGGGUUGGACUAGAUGACCCUUGGGUCCCUUCCCACUCAGCAAUUCUGUGGUUCUGUGACCAUGGAGUACAGCCCCCCCUGCAGUGUGGCAUUCAGAGUGGGCAUCCCCCAAACAAUGGACCUAAAGGGAUGGCCGCUUAAGGAAGGGUCCCAGAUUGCCGUGACCCGAUACGGCACUUGUGUGUGGAUGAAUGAACGAACAAAUACUUGCGGCUUGAGACUCCCCCUCUCACCCCCCCCACCCUAGGUCAAAACUGCAUUUCCAAACCAUCGUUUGGCUAAGGAGCCUAAGAGUCGCCUGCUGGAUCAGGCCGAUGGCCCAGCAUCCUGAUCCCUUUGGGGAAAGCAGAGAGCAGGAUCAGAUCAGGGGAGAGAGGCUCCUGUGGUUUCCAGCACAACAGGUGUUUGGAAGUGUUGCUUUCUCCAGCUGUGGAGGCAGAGCAGAGCCAUCCUGGCUUGUUGUUGAGUCGUUUAGUCGUGUCCGACUCUUCAUGGCCCCCUGGACCAGAGCACACCAGGCCCUCCUGUCUUCCACUGCCUCCCGCAGUUUGGUCAAACUCAUGUUCGUAGCUUUGAGAACACUGUCCCACCAUCUCGUCCUCCGUCAUCCCCUUCUCCUUGUGCCCUCCAUCUUUCCCAACAUCAGGGUCUUUUCCAGGGAGUCUUCUCUUCUCAUGAGGUGGCCAAAGUCUUGGAGCCUCAGCUUCAGGAUCUGUCCUUCCAGGGAGCACUCAGGGCUGAUUUCCUUCAGAAUGGAGAGGUUGGAUCUCCUUGCAGUCCAUGGGGCUCUCAAGAGUCUCCUCCGGCACCAUAAUUCAAAAGCAUCAAUUCUGGCUAGUAGCAUCAAUAGCCCUCUCCUCCAUGGAAUUGCCUAAUCCUCUUUUAGAGCCCUGCAUGUGGGGGCCAUCGCUGCCUCCUGGGGGAGCGAGUCCAAUAGUUUGACUAUGCACUGUGUGAAGGAAGACUGUCUGUUUAUCUGUCCUGAAUCUUUCAACAUGCGGUUUCCUGAAGGCUGAUCCCUGGCAGGGCCUUUGUUCUCCCUCUCCCCCAAAGCCGCAGGUGGUGGUACUAUGAGGGCACAAAAAACGCCUAGGUUGUCAUGAGUUGGAAAGGUGGCCCAUGCUUCUAAGUUUAUGGGGUUGUUGUUUGUUGGAGUUUGGGGGAAGGGAAGACCCAGCAAUGGACUCUAGGGAUCAAUGGGGUGUUUCUCAGGUGCUUUGACGUCAACAGAAUGGUGCCCUCAAAACGGUUGAUUUCUGGGAGCUCCCAUAGUAAAGAAUGGAAGCUCUUUAAGUCAGGCAUAGUGAUCCCAAACUCUACAGGCACCGAGGAAGCCACCAAGCCCACACUUGACACCAUGUGUUUAAAAAGCAUCAUGAUAUCAAUUUAAAUAGUCAUGGCUUCCCCCCAAAGAAUUCUGGGAGCUGUAGUUCAUUGAGGGUGUUAAAGGUAAAGGGACCUCUGACCAUUAGGUCCAGUCGUGGCCGACUCGGGUUGCGGCGCACAUCUCGCUUUAUUGGCCGAGGGAGCCGGCGUACAGUCAUGUGGCCAGCAUGACUAAGCCACUUCUGGCAAACCAGUGCAGCGCACGGAAACGCCGUUUACCUUCCCACCGGAGCGGUACCUAUUUAUCUACUUGCACUUUGACGUGCUUUCGAACUGCUAGGUUGGCAGGAGCUGGGACCGAGCAACGGGAGCUCACCCCGUUGCAGGGAUUCGAACUGCCGACCUUCUGAUCAACAAGUCCUAGGCUCUGUGGUUUAACCCACAGCGCCACCCGCGUCCCUAAUUGAGGGUGUUAGGAGAACCCUAUUCCUCUCACAAUCAAUCCAUCUCCUCAGGGAAUUCUGACAACCGUAACUCAGUGAGGAACGGGCUUCCUCACGACUUGGCACCGGUACCAAAAUACAGCUCCCAAAAUUCUUUGAGGGAAGCCGCAGCUGUUUGCAGCUGUAAUAUAGUGAUUUCAAAAUGUGUGGGGUGACUGUGACCCAGGACCAAGACCUUAAGUUGGCAUUGGCCAAGAUAGUGUCCCCAAAACUAUAAUGUGAUUCCAGAGAAAUUGUGCCUCGCUGAAUAAUGCUUUUCUGUUCUUCCUCCCAAAGCCCCGGCCCAGUUCCCACCCCCCUUUCUCCUGUUACCACCCCAUGAUGGCCCGCCCCCCGUUUCUUGUCCUCCUCCUUUUCUUCCUCCUUUCCCUCUUAUCCACGGCCUCUUCAGAGACCCACUAUCAGCGGGGGGACCCAGUGAUGCUUUACGUCAACAAAGUGGGGCCUUACCACAACCCCCAGGAGACCUACCAUUACUACCAGCUCCCUGUGUGCUCCCCGGAGAAUAUCCGCCACAAAAGCCUUACCUUGGGGGAGGUGCUGGAUGGAGACCGCAUGGCCGAGUCGAUGUAUGAGAUCCGCUUCCGGGAGAACGUUGACAAGAAGGUCCUCUGCGAAAUGAAGCUCACACCUGAGCAGGUAAGCCCGGCCAGAAAAUCUUGGAUUCCAAGGUCUGUUUCAUGGAGCUGGUGUUUACCGCCUGGGUUCCUGGUUCUGUGGGACAUCCCUAAUUUGACUUUAAGGUUUGACAGCUGAUUCCUUUUAUCCUGUUAUAAAGCGAGAUGAGGGCCGCAACCCCAGAGUCGGCCACGACUGGACCUAAUGGUCAGGGGUCCCUUUACCUUUACCUUUAGGGACGUGGGUGGUGCUGUGGGUUAAACCACAGAGCCUAGGGCUUGCUGAUCAGAAGGUCGGCGGUUCGAAGCCCUGCGACGGGGUGAGCUCCCUUUUGCUCGGUCCCUGCUCCUGCCAACCUAGCAGUUCGAAAGCACGUCAAAGUGCAAGUAGAUAAAUAGGCACCACUCCAGCGGGAAGGUAAACGGCAUUUCCAUGUGAUGCUCUGGUUCGCCAGAAGUGGCUUAGUCAUGCUGGCCACAUGACCCGGAAGCUGUACGCAGGCUCCCUCAGCCAAUAAAGUGAGAUGAGUGCCGCAACCCCAGAGUCGGCCACGACUGGACCUAAUGGUCAGGGGUCCCUUUACCUUUACCUUUACUCCUGUUAUUGUUUUCAGAGUCUGGUAUCUCAACACAUAUUCCUCUUCUGGUCAGCUUGGGCUCCAGGAUAUUGGGGUGGGUGGGUGUGUCUUAUUCCUUUUUUUCUUUAAUAUUUUUUUUUAUUAACCAUUUCCACAUAGCAUAUCAAAACAUAUCAUGUUCAUUAUUCCCCCCUCCUUGUUUCCCAUUCCCCAUCAAACCCCCCUCCCUCCAAGACUUCCCUCAGCUCCUCUCUCUGAUUUCUCAGCACAUGUCACCCUCUGCAUAUUAUAAAAUUAUUUCAAUCCUUAUAUUAUCUAUCUACCAUGUCACUAAACGCUAAAUUUGUGUAUGCUUAUUCAAAACCUGACAAGGAGUCCAAUUCAUUUUGUUGUCUUUUUAAGUACUUUGUAAAAAGUUCCCAUUCUUCUUUAAAGUCACAGUUUUCCUUAUUUCGCAGUUUGUAUGUCAAUUUAGCCAAUUCUGCAUACUUCAUCAAUUUCUCUUGCCACUGUUCCUUUCUCGGGAUUUUGUGUGUGUGUCAUAUUCCUGGCUCUGAAUCUAACCUGGACUUUGUUGGGUUAGAACAGGGGGUCUGCAACCCGCGGCUCCGGAGCCGCAUGUGGCUCUUUUACACCUUUGCCGCGGCUCCGGGGCGGAUACUAGCGAGGGGAGGAGGUGCAUUGUGCGCCCCGACACUCCCCACUGUGGCGGGCGCUGUACUGGCUGUGACGUCGCAUGGGGGCGGUGCGUGCAUUAGUCAUGCACCGUCCCGACAUCACCUUCCCGCCCACCCGCCCGCUACAUUGUAAGGGGCAUGUACGCUGGUCACUGCAUUGAAAGGGGGCAUGUAUGCUGGUCACUGUUUUGAAGAACACACACACACAAAAAGGUAACUUGUUAAUUUAACGUUUAUUUCUAUGAGGAGGAGUAAUUCUGAGGGGUCAAACAAAGAAAUAAUAAAAAAAAGUGACAAAAAAGUUAUUUUUAUAAUGACGAGUUUUGCAGCUCCCAGUUUUUUUUCUCUUCGGAAACUGGUCCAAGUGGCUCUUUUUGUCUUAAAGGUUGCAGACCCCUGGGUUAGAACAUCAGACCUGUCCAGCUAGCAUCCUAAUUUUAGCCUUGCAAACAAGAUGCCUAUGGGAAGCCCCCACAACAGCACUCCAAAUUCAGGGACAUCCUCCUUCUGACGGUGGAGAUAGUAGACGUUGGUAGCCUUCUCCUUCACAAAUUUGUCUAAUCCUCAUUUAAAGCUGUCCAAGUUGGUUGCUGUCGCUACACCUCGUGGGCAGCAAAUUCCUUUUUUGUGUGUGUUUUGUGAUAAAUUCUUUAUUGGGCAUGAGAGUUAAAGGUAUACACACAUUUUUAAAUGAACGCACAUACUGAUCCCAUGCAAAAGGUUCAAACCCUUUCAGAGCUGAAUGUUAAAUACACACGAGUGCUGGACAUGCUGUGUAACAGUGCUUCUAGAAGUCUGUGCAGUGUACAUUUCUUCCACAAAUAACCAAGCCACAGAAAGCUAUGCUUCUGAGAUUUGGGAGUAGGGCUUCUAUUUUUUUUUAUAAGCUAUUUAUUAAGGUUUUUUGAAAUAUUACAGUAAUAAUGAAAAAGAAAAAUACAAAAUAAAAACAGUUAAAAACACACAUAUUUUCUAUUACUUAUUUUCCUUUAGCUUGUUUCCCGGACCUCCUCGUACCUCCCUUUUUUGUAUUCUGCUUCAAUUUAUUGGUUCAGCAAAUCCUUACCAUUAGAUUUUAACCCAUUUAUAACCCUUUUUCCAUAUUCUCUUAGAGCAUUACAGCUGGAAACCGCUUAAUUACUAUCCAACAUCAUUCUAUCAUUCAUUAAUGAUAGAAUUCCAUAGGUUCGGAAACUUCAAAUUCCAUAGGUUCGGAAACUUCAGCUAGUGCAGAAUUCAGCGGCCAGGUUGCUCAUCGGAGCAAGACAGUUUGAGCAUCUUACGCUGAUCCUGGUGCAACUGCACGGGCUACCAGUUAGUUUCCGGGCCCAAUUCAAAGUGCUGGUUUUGAUCUAUGAAGCCUUAAACGGCUCAGGACCACAAUACCUCAAGGACCACCUCUUCCCAUAUGAACCUACCUAGACCCUUAGAUCAUCUUCUGAGGCCCUCCUUCAUGUGUCUCCUCCUCGAGAGGUUUGGAGGGUGGCAACACGAGAACGGGGCCUUCUCUGCAGUGGCUCCCCAUCUGUGGGAUGCUCUCCGCAGGGAAGUUCACCUGGCGCCUUCGUUAUACACCUUGAGGUGCCAGGCAAAAACGUUCCUUUUUAACCAGGCCUUUGGUUGAUCUGAUUUACAUCCUAUGCCCUUUUAAAAUGUGUUUUUUUUUGGGGGGGGUAUUGGGUUGCUGUUUUAUUUUUAUUAGGUACUUUGUGGUUUUAUAUCUUGAUUUUAUUCUGUGAACCACCCGGAGACCCCCGGGCGUAGGGCGGUAUAUAAAAUCAAUAAAUGGAAUAAAAAUAAAACAGUUUAUUUGCGCACUCUCAGAUUAGAGGCAAAUACUGAAUCCCAUGCAUCCUCGGGCUUUUGAAAUCUCGGGGAAGAAAGCAAUCGGUAAGACCAAGCUCAGUCAGUAGAGCAUGAGUCUCUUUUAACCUCAGCGUCGUGGGUUCGAGUCCCACGUUGGGCGAACGAUUUCUGCAUUGCAGGGGGUUGGAUGACCUUUGGGGUCCCUUCCAUUUCUACAGUUCUACGACUCAAGCACCGUUUGGGGUGUGUUGGUUUCUUUCCCUUCUUUUUUUUAAUAAUAUUUUUUAUUCAUUUUCAAAUACAAAUUUAUAUAGCCAAUAUCACAAUUUAUCACAUAAUCUUUUUUUUUUUUUUUACUUCCCCCAGUUUCUCUGCCAAUCUUCCGUUUUGUUUAUUUAUUCACACAUUUUCUAAUUUUAAUAUUGCCUUUGAAAUAUAACCUCCCCAAUCUUAUUCCCUUUUUUACAAUAUUCCUCAUAUUUUCACAGAAAGUCUUGAAAACCUACAAGCGUUGUCUGUUCAUCACAUAUACUUUUCAGAUAAUCUGUAAAUUUUCCCCAGUCCUCGGUGAACUUCUGGUCUCGCAAAUAUCGAAUCUUCCCCGUUAGUUUAUCCAGUUCUGCAAAGUCCGUCAAUUUCAAUCUCCAUUCUUCAACCGUCGGUAAUUCUUCCUGUUUCCAUUUUUGGGCCAUGAGUAUUCUCGCUGCUGUUACUGCGUAUUGGAAAAGUUUACAAUCUUUUUUUACAUAUUUCAUUUCCUACAAUUCCUAAAAGAAAAGCCUCCGGUUUCUUAACAAAUGUAUAUUUCAACAUCUUUUUCAGUUCAUUAUAAAUCUUUCUUUCCCUUCUGUCCUGACGGUUUCCUUCCUCCCCGGCAGGUGGAGCAUCUCCGGCAAGCCAUUGAAGAGUUGUACUACUUUGAGUUUGUGGUGGACGACCUGCCUCUCCGUGGCUUUGUGGGGUACAUGGAGGAAAGCGGCUUCCUCCCCCACACCCACAAGAUCGGCCUCUGGACCCACCUGGACUUCCACCUGGAGUGGAACGGCGACCGCAUCAUCUACGCCAACGUCAGCGUCCGCAACGUCAAACCCACCAGCUUGGACGACGUCCGCAGCGUCCUCCCCGUGGCCCACACCUACAGCGUCCGCUGGUCCGAGACGGCGCUGGAGCGGCGAGGCGACCGGCGAGGCAGCCGCAGCGGCGACGACGGCUUCUUCCCCCGCACCUUGGAGAUCCACUGGCUCUCCAUCAUCAACUCCAUGGUCCUGGUCUUCCUGCUGGUGGGCUUUGUCGUCGUCAUCCUCAUGAGGGUGCUCAAGAACGACCUGGCGCGCUACAACCUGGACGAGGAGGCCUCCACCUCGUCCUCGGGCGACGACUUCGACCAGGGCGACAACGGCUGGAAGAUCAUCCACACGGACGUCUUCCGCUUCCCGCCCUGCCGCAGCCUCCUCUGCGCCGUGCUGGGGGUGGGCAGCCAGUUCCUAGCCCUGGGCACGGGGAUCAUCGUCAUGGCUCUCUUGGGCAUGUUCAACGUCCACCGGCACGGCGCCAUCAACUCGGCCGCUAUCCUGCUCUAUGCCCUCACCUGCUGCAUUUCCGGCUAUGUCUCCAGCAACUUCUACCGCCAGAUUGGAGGCGAGCGCUGGGUCUGGAACAUCCUGCUCACCACCAGCCUUUUCUCCGGUGAGGCCCAGCGGCGUUUUCUUUUCUUUUUUUUGAAUACAUUUUUAUUAAUUUUAACAUACAAAUUAUAAAACAUACCACACAAAUUAUUACAAAUACACUUUUUUUGGACUUCCAUCAGCACCUCCAAUGAUCUUCCGUCUUCACCUCUUUUUAUGCAUUACUUAAUUUUAUAUUGUCUUUACCUCUCUUAUCAUCUCCCCUUUUCCAUUUUUACAAUAUUUCCAACAAUACCCCUCACAGAACUUCUUGCCAACCUACAAACAUCGUCUGAUCAUCACAAAUACUUUUCAUAUAGUUUGUAAAUUUACUCCAGUCUUCGGUAAAUUUCUGGUCCCGCCGGUUUCGAAUCCUUCCUGUUAAUUUGUCUGAUUCUGCAUAGUCCAUCAACUUCAUCCUCCAUUCUUCAAUCGUUGGCAAUUCUUCUUGCUUCCAUUUCUGGGCUAAUAGUAUUCUAGCUGCUGUUACUGCAUAUAAAAAAAGCUUACAUUCUUUUCUAUUUAUAUCACUUCCCACCAUUCCCAUUAGAAAUGCUUCUGGUUUCUUUGUAAAUGUAUAUUUCAACAUUUUUUUCAACUCGUUGUAUAUCGUUUCCCAAAAACAUUUCACCUUUUUACAUUCCCAGAGGCCCGGCGGUGUUUUCAGUCCUUUUGCAUCGGGGCAAACUUUGGGAGUGAGAGGAACCUGUCCUUGGAGGAGAGAGCUCUUCGGCUGCCUCUCCUUUGCCCAGAGGAUUGGGACAAUCUGGUCCCUCUGUAGAUCAUCCUUCUAUACAUUUGGGUCUUGCUAGUCCCUGCGGGUGGCGCUGUGGGUUAAACCACAGAGCCUAGGACUUGCCAAUCAGAAGGUCGGCGGUUCGAAUCCCCGCGACGGGGUGAGCUCCCGUUGCUCAGUCCCUGCUCCUGCCAACCUAGCAGUUCGAAAGCACGUCAAAGUGCAAGUAGAUAAAUAGGUACCGCUCCAGCGGGAAGGUAAACGGCGUUUCCGUGCGCUGCUCUGGUUCGCCAGAAGCAGCUUAGUCCUGCUGGCCACAUGACCCGGAAGCCAUACGCUGGCUCCCUUGGCCAAUAAAGCGAGAUGAGCGCCACAACCCCAGAGUCGGUCACGACUGGACCUAAUGGUCAGGAGUCCCUUUACCUUUACCUUAGUCCCUGCUAGUGGCAGUCUUCACGAGUCUCCUCUAUGUUCCCCACUUCUGUCUUCUUCUUUCUUUCUUCUCUGGCGAUCACUCGUAGCCGAGUAAGAUUGUCUUCCAUAAACAUGGUCUUAACAGUGAGACCGUAAGUGACUGUGGAGGCCAGUUCUGGAUCCACACAUCCUUCCAUAGUGGGGACAUAGUUUUCCAGGUGGGAGUUGAUCGUGGUGAGGGUUUGCCAAGCGUUCCUUCCUCUUAGCGCGUUUCUCCCUUGCAUCCUGAGUUCAAGUGUCUUCAAAGCCCAGGACACAUUUGGUAAAGGCUGUUCUCCAACUGGAGCGCUCGCAAGCCAGUGUUUCCCAGUUGUUGGUGUUUAUACUGCCUUUUAAAAGAUUUGCCUUGAGAGAGUAUUUAAACCUCUUUUGUUGACCACUGGUAUUACGCUUUCUAUUGUUACGUUGGAAAUAGAGUAGUUGCUAUGGAAGAUGAUAAUCAGGCAUUCGCACAACAUGACCAGUCCAACGAAGUGGAUGUUGAAGAAUCAUUGCUUUGACACUGAUGAUCUUUGCUUCUGCCAGUACACUGGCAUUAGUUCGCCUGUCUUCCCAGGUGAUGUGCAAAAUUUUCCGGAGACACCGUUGAUGGGAUCUUUUGAGGGUGGUGGCCUAGGGCAGGGGUGAGCAGAAGGUAUAUCGCUACCUGUUGAUGGAUCUCUGAUGGUUUUAAGCAGAUCAGCAAGGAUUUCUGAUUCCCAGUUGUGCAGCAACAAAAUCUCCCCUCCCAUUACAUUGCUGCAAUGAAGAAAGUUUCUGGGAGGGUAACCUGAUGUGGAGUUUUGUGGGUGGGAGGCCUGUGAACUCAGUUCUGUUCCUCUGCUGGAUAAUCUUGUUGCCACAUGUUCCGAUUCGUUUGCACCUCAUGAGGACUAGGAACAUGCUGCUCUUUGUAAAACGAGAGCGGAUUUCUCAGGGGCCGUGUUAGAUCUGUGAGCAUUAACGCCCGUUUGCAGCUAGUAAACUCAGUCCUUUACAGCAGAAUGCAGCAGCAGCAACUGUGGUUGGAAUGGUAACAUCAAAGCUUUUAUUUAUAAAGCAAACAACCAAACAAUAGGACGACUCUCACAUCCUCCUUCUUCAACAGAGGAGCAGAGCAGAGAGGGAGGAGACGUUUAAAUAGUUCCCAUACUCAUACAUCAAUUAAGUAAUUAAAGGAAACCUGCAACAUUAUGCAAUGUGAGAAUGAGACAUUACAAUACGGUGGUACCUCGGGUUACAGAUGCUUCAGGUUACAUGCGUUUCAGGUUACAGACUCUGCUAACCCAGAAAUAGGACCUCGGGUUAAGAACUUUGCUUCAGGAUAAGAACAGAAAUUGCGCAGCAGUGGUGCGGCAGCAGCAGGAGGCCCCAUUAGCUAAAGUGGUGCUUCAGGUUAAGAACAGUUUCAGGUUAAGAAUGGACCUCCGGAACAAAUUAAGUUCUUAACCCGAGGUAAAGGUAAAGGGACCCCUGACCAUUAGGUCCAGUCGUGACCGACUCUGGGGUUGCGGCGCUCAUCUCGCUUUAUCGGCCGAGGGAGCCGGCGUACAGCUUCCGGGUCAUGUGGCCAGCAGGACUAAGCCGCUUCUGACGAACCAGAGCAGCGCACAGAAACGCCGUUUACCUUCCCACCAGAGUGGUACCUAUUUACUUGCACUUUGAGGUGCUUUCAAACUGCUAGGUUGGCAGGAGCAGGGACCGAGCAAUGGGAGCUCACCCCGUCGCGGGGAUUCGAACCACCGACCUGAUCGGCAUGUUUAACCCACAGCGCCACCUGCGUCCACUGUACUAACAAGAUCCCCACAAAGGAGCGUGGGGGGGGAGGGAGGGCAGCUGGUCCAAUUUGCCUGAGACGGAUACAGCCCUCUAUUUGUUGCUGACGCUGCUGCGUGUGCUUCUCUCUCCCUGCCUCUGCCCAGCUCCCUUCUUCCUGACGUGGAGUGUGGUCAACUCGGUGCACUGGGCCAACGGGUCAACGCAGGCGCUGCCAGCUACCACCAUCCUGCUGCUGCUGACCGUCUGGCUGCUGGUGGGCUUCCCUCUCACGGUCAUCGGCGGCAUCUUCGGCAAGAACCGGGCGGGGCCCUUUGACGCCCCCUGUCGCACCAAGAACAUCGCCCGGGAAAUCCCGCCCCAGCCUUGGUACAAGUCCACGCUGGUUCAUAUGACAAUUGGGGGCUUCCUCCCCUUCAGGUGAGAGUCGGCGCAGAGCCUGGGUCUCCGGCUGCCUCCAUCCUUUUCUAUCCCUCCUGGGUUCUGAGCUGCCCACUUUUAUUUUAUUUUAUUUAUUUAUUUUUUAAUUUAAUUUAAUUUAAUUUAUUUUAUUUUAUUUUAUUUUAUUUUUUUAUUUUUUAUUUUUAUUUCUUUUUAUUUAUUUUUUUUCCAUUAUAAAAUUUAGUAAAAAAGAGAAAUAAUACAUAACAGAAAAGAAAUACAGUUGUACCUCGGGUUACAGACGCUUCAGGUUACAGACUAACCCAGAAAUAGUACCUCAGGUUGAGAACUUUGCUUCAGGAUGAGAACAGAAAUAGCACGGCGGCAGCAGGAGGCCCCAUUAGCUAAAGUGGUGCUUCAGGUUAAGAACAGUUUCAGGUUAAGAACGGACCUCCGGAACGAAUUAAGUUCUUAACCCGAGGUACCACUGUAUUAAAUUGUUAUACAUUAAAUCAUUAUACAAUAUCCAAAAAUGAUACUGCUUUUGCUUUCUUUGUUUCCUUUCGCUUUUUCCUCUCUUCUUUUCUCUCUCUAUCGUUCUUUUUUCUUUUGCUUCUUUUCCUUGCUUCUUUUAUUAUUGCGUGCAGUAGGGCAGGGUGAUGUCUGGUUUUCAACACCGUGAUACAUCACCAGCUAAACACGGCCAUAUGCCGAUAUAUCACAAUGUCUGAAAUAAGGAUGUGGGGUUAUGCAGAGUGCAGUCCCCCGACUCGGGGUUAAGGAGCGGCUAACAUGCCGGUGAAGGUGAUGCUUCGUUGUUGAAGGACCCUGCGUAAGAGGCAGGGAAGGGAAGAUCUCCCAGGUUGGGAGAAGAAAGGGAUGCUCCCAGGUGAGAGCUGGGAAAGUUCACCUUUCUUCUGUGUGGGACAAGUUAGGAUCUACCUGGGAAGGAGGACUUUACAGUGGUACUUCGGGUUACAUACGCUUCAGGUUACAGACUCCGCUAACCCAGAAAUAGUACCUCGGGUUAAGAACUUUGCUUCAGGAUGAGAACAGAAAUCGUGCUGCGGCAGCAGCGGGAGGCCCCAUUAGCUAAAGUGGUGCUUCAGGUUAAGAACAGUUUCAGGUUAAGAACGGACCUCCGGAAUGAAUUAAGUACUUAACCUGAGGUACCACUGUAUACUUUCCCCCUUUUUUUCUCCCUCUCUUUAUUUUUUUUGUUUUCGUUUCGAUUGGUUUGCUCUUUUCCUGCGGAUAAAUAAAUGAAUAAAAGUGAAAAGUCAAGUAGGAGGUGACCUGAUAAAGGUUUGCAAAAGAGAGAGCGCUUACAGAACGCUUUCUUAUAAUGUCGGAGCUCGUGGGGAUCCCACGGAGCUAAACUUUGGAAGCCGCCCAGAGUGGCUGGUGCAACUCUAUUAUUUUGGCUUUUAAAAUUACAGUCGUACUUUGGAAGUCGGACGGAAUCCAUUCCGGAAGUCCGUUCAACUUCCAAAACAUUUGAAAGCCAAAUCACGGCUUCUGAUUGGCUGCAGGAAGCCCCUGCAGCCAAUCAGAAGCCAUGGAAGCCCCAUUAGACUUCAGGUUCCAAAAGAACGUUUGCAAACGGCGACAAUUGCUUCCAGGUUUGCGGCGCUUGGGAGCCAAAACGUCCCGAGUUCCAGGGCGUUUGGGAUCCAAGGCACGAGUGUUUUUAUUUAGUUUUUCAGAUUAAAAUUUUGCAGUUAUGUAAAAACAAGAUUCUAAGGAAUCUCUUGGACUUCCAUCCUCCCCUUUGUGGGUCCUCUUCCUAAUAAUUUCCUCCUGUAUCUUUUCUUCAUUCUGCCGGACACUGAGGCCCAGCGCCGAGGGCCUUCUGGCGGUUCCCUCACUGCGAGAAGCCAAGUUACAGGGAACCAGGCAGAGGGCCUUCUCGGUAGUGGCACCCGCCCUGUGGAACGCCCUCCCACCAGAUGUCAAAGAGAAGAACAACUACCAGACUUUUAGAAGACAUCAGAAGCCAGCCCUGUUUAGGGAGGCUUUUAAUGUUUAAUAGGUUACUGUAUUUUAGUGUUCUGUUGGAAGCCACCCAGAGUGGCUGGGGAAACCCAGCCAGAUGGGCGGGGUAUAAAUAAUAAAUUAUUAUUAUUAUUAUGACCCAAAUCUUUUACAUCUCCAUUGUGUCCAGAAUUAGGGGUUCAACUCAGACGGGUGAGGUACAAAUACGCUUAUUAUUAUCUUUAUUUAUCUUUAAUAAAUAAAGAACGCUCUGCCUCAUGAGACCAGGGCCCUACAGGAUCUGAUUUCUUUCCGCAGGGCCUGUGAGACAGAGUUGUUCCGCCUGGCCUUUGGCUUGGAGCCAAUUUGAUUCCCUCCCUCUCUUUCUUUUUUCUUUUCCUUCUCCUCCUGCAAUGAGGCUACAUUUUAAUAUUUUAAUGUUUCAAUAUUUUAAUGCUGUAUUUUAAUUUUGUUUUUCAGUUGUAAUCAUUCAACUUGUUUUUAUUAUUGCUUGUAAGCCGCUCUGAGCCCAGCCUUGGCUGGGGAGGGCGGGGUAUAAAUAAAAAUUAUUAUUAUUAUUAUUAUUAUCUUUAUUCCCUGUUUAGGGAAGCUUUUAAUGUUUGAUGUAUUACAGUAUUUUAAUAUUUUUUUUUGGAAGCCGCCCAGAGUGGCUAGGGAAGCCCAGCCAGAUGGGCGGGGUAUAAAUAAUAAAUUAUUAUUAUUAUUAAAUUUAUUAUUUAUUGUCAUUGGCAGCGCCAUUUCUGUGGAGCUCUACUACAUCUUUGCCACAGUGUGGGGCCGGGAGCAGUACACCCUUUACGGGAUCCUCUUCUUCGUCUUCGCCAUCCUUCUCAGCGUUGGCGCCUGUAUCUCCAUCGCCCUCACCUACUUCCAGCUCUCGGGCGAGGACUACCGCUGGUGGUGGCGCUCCGUGCUGAGUGCGGGCUCCACCGGCCUCUUCAUCUUCCUCUACUCCGUCUUCUACUACUCCCGCCGCUCCAACAUGUCGGGCGCGGUGCAGACGGUGGAGUUCUUCGGCUACUCCCUCCUGACCGGCUACGUCUUCUUCCUCAUGCUGGGCACCAUCUCCUUCUUCGCCUCCCUCAAAUUCAUCCGCUACAUUUACGUCAACCUCAAGAUGGACUGAGCGCCCGCCCCCUCCUUGCGCUCUUGUUUGCCAUAAAGCUCUGCUUCCCCAUUCGCUAGGACCUGGCGCCGCUCAAAGGCUGGGCCUCCCAGUUGGCUGGGAGAUCAGCCCGAGCUCGGGGAAACUGGGCUUUUAAACGAUCCGUCUCUCUCGUUAGCUGGGAUCGGUUUCCGAGAGCUCUCCAGCUCACCGCAGUGGCAGUUGCUUGAUCGCCGGGAAGCAGCAGGAAACAGGAUCCAUUAAGCCCUCCUCUCCUGUUGGUCAGGGCCACUAGCCCAUCAGCGAACCUGUCAAUCUGGCCAAUUAGUGGGCACUGCAACAAAUUUCCUUUCUUUUAUAAAAAAAAAAAUGGUCGAAACUGCAGUUUGUGCGCUUUGGGGUGGGAAUUAUGGUUUGUUACUCCCUUUAAAUGGGUUGAAAUGUGACCAAUCGGGUGAGCUCUCUUCCUAUUGGCUGGGCGGCCUGGUCAGCUGACCAACGCCGGGCUCGGUUAGCCAUUCGCUCUCCUUCCCUUCCAAAGGGAAGUCGGGCUCUUGGCGGCUGACCAGCCGGGAAACGGGGAAGAUUGUUCUGCCUCGAUUUGCUUCCUUCGGAGCUUUUAUGCAAUUGGGUGACAGGUCCCAGCCAAUCGUAUUCCAAAUAAAAACUGGCCCCUACGAGGACCGGCAGGGCCGGCCCUGCAGAUGGAAAUGGCCCCAGCGACCGGCACCACCUUGUCCCUCGGGGUUUCCCCCUCUAUGGGAUUCUUAAUGCGGGAGAGAAUUGGCGGGCUAAGGAUUGGAUAAUGGUUUCCGCUGACCAGAGACCUUCCGAGGGGGCUAGGUUAAAAUGGAUCUCUCCAUGUUGGAGGGGGACAGAGAAAAAGUCUUGUAUUUGGCGGGCCUUUCCCUGCAGCUUUUUAAGGAUCCCCCUAUUUGCAUGUUGUGGGAUAGGCUGCGCCAGUGUUUGGGAAUCCCCUAUGUUGUUGGACUACAAUUCCCAUCAUCCCCUGCCAGCUUCGCCAACGGUCAUGGAUGAUGGGAGUUGUAGUCCAACAUCUUCCGGCUUGGGGAACACUGGUUGACCCCUUCAGAAGGGGAUCCAGCCUCUUCAGUGGAUUUGUUUCACCAGCCGCUGCCACCUCAUGGACAAGGUAGUUCCCCUCCAGUCAGAGGCCUCCCUGCUUUGCCAAUACCUUUGCUCCCUCCCUUUCCUACAUUGCCUCUUUUGUUACUCCCAAGGUGCCUGGGGCUAUUAUAGUCUGGGUGGGGGAAGAAGCUGUCUCUUCGCCUUCUGCCACAGUCAAGAAAAUGCCUAUAAUUAUAUAUGGAAAUUAUAUAUAUGAGGAGUUAUGUAUAUUUAGCAAGGAUCGAAGCUAGGGUUUUGUUUUGUUUUUUUAAUUUGAUUUUUGUUUCGUUCCAAGCGGUUUCUUUUUACAGAUCUUGAAAUUAAACUUUAUUAAUUAAAAAGAAAAACCAAAAAACCUGGCUGC